AUUUGCGCAACAGUGGCAAAACAGAGCAAAGGGCAGCCCAUUUCCCUCCAUGCAUCGUCAGACUUAGUGCCCGGUCCGUAUAUGGACGACGAUCCAAGUCUCCUCGACCCUGCGACCAGCACCAUGUCUUUGCUCCUAAUGGGUGGGGCAGCGCUGGGCCUGGGCGCAUUCGUACUGCGGCGCUACCGGCGCAAGGCCAAGCGGGAGCCGGCGGCGAGCAGUGUCUGGGACCUAGAGGGCGGCGGCGUGCCGCUGGAGCCGCGACUACACCGCCGCGUCCACGCGCCGGUCGACGCCUACGCGGCGGCGCCGCGGAGCCCGGCGCGGCACCCGGCGGCGCCGACGGUCGCCGUGGCGCCGCCGCCGCGGCCAGCACCGCCACAGCCAACGCCACCGCGCCAGAUCGGCCAACUGUCCGCGAAGCGGCUGCCGCCGGCGCGGGGCAAGUUCUCGCCCGAGCCCUACGCGUACACGCCGCCGGCAGCCGCGCCGCCGGCGCCCAAAGUCUCGGCGCAGCGACUUACCGCUCCUCGCCCGCCGCCGCCGCCUGCGCGGGCGCCGCCGCCGCCGCCUCCACCCGUACAGGCGCCGCAAAUGAUGCAGCCGCCGCCGCCGCCCCUGCCGCCACCCGUGCAAGCGCCGCGACCUCAACUCCAAGCGCCGCCGCCGCCGCCCCCUGCGCCGCAGAUACCACCGCCGCCGCCACCACCGCCGGCGCCGCGGCCGCAAUUACAAGCGCCGCCGCCGCCACAACCGGUUAUGCCAGCGCCGUGGCCGCAGCAUGCGCCGCCACGCCCCACGCCCGCCGCACUCGCCGCGCCGCGCGAGCCGCCGCAGCAGGCGCCGCCGCAACCCGCGCCGCCGCCACGCGAUCCGCCACGUCCGUACGCUCCAGCCGAGCACCGGGACGACGCGGAAAUUGCUAUGGAUGAGCUUGAGAUCCUUGAGAGAAUAGGCGGCGGCGCCUUCGGGCAGGUGCACCGCGGGCGGUUUCGCGCUACAGAAGUUGCAGUCAAAUUGGUGCCCCGAACGUCCCCGCAAGAACUCAAGCAGUUCCGGGCCGAGGCGGCCAUGCUCGCGCGCCUGCGCCACCCGAACGUGUGCCUGUUCAUGGGCGCCUGCUUCGAUGAACAGGCACCGCACUGGGCUUUAGUUACCGAGUACAUCAGUCAAGGAAGCUUGUGGGAUGCUUUGAGAGACCCCCGCGGCGACCGAGCCUGGCCCCUCGGCCGACGGUAUAGGGUAGGCGCGGGCAUCGCGCGGGGCCUCGCCUACCUCCACGCGCACCGGCCGCCCGUGCUCCAUCGCGACGUCAAGAGCCCGAACGUCUUGGUCGACGUGGGGGACGUGGCCAAGCUCUGCGACGUCGGCCUGGCGCGGAACGCGGGCCUCGGCGACGCGAGUAGAGCGGCGAUGACAGCGGGAUGUGGCACGCCGCAGUGGAUGGCUCCGGAAGUUCUCCAGGCCGAACCCUAUAAUGAGGCUGCCGACGUCUACGCUUUAGGUAUUGUGCUCUGGGAGGUGGCGACCAGGAGGUGCCCCUACGACGACGCUCCCGACCUGGCCGGCGUGGCGCUGGCCAUGCGCGUCGUCCGCGACGGGCUGCGGCCGUCCAUUCCGGAGGGAAGUGAUGGAGGUUUGAUGGGUCUCGCGAAGGCGUGCUGGGCGUCAGAUGCUGCGGCUCGCCCGUCGGCCGCCCAGGCGCUCGAGCAUUUGGAGCGGUCGACGCCGCGCGCGCGGCGGAUGUUCUAA